AUGAAUACUACUACUGUUGUCAAUUAUAAUAAUAAUGAUGAUAAUGAUAAUACUCAUCCACAUCAUCAUCAUCAUCAUCAUCGUUCUUAUUGUGAUGCGAAAACAAAUGUGCUGGAAUUAUCAUCAUCAUCGGCCAUCACUAAAAAACCAAAUAAUAAUAAUAAUAAUAAUCUAUUCGAAUCGGAUAGAUAUUGUAAUAUUAUUCGUGAAAUUCUUGAUUCACGAUCAAUAAAUUCUGCUCGUUCAUGUUCCACGUGUUGUAGUGCAACAAUUAAUUCACCAUCUAGUGAUAAAUCCUUAAUUAUAACAAUUAUUGAUGAUGGAGAUUACGAUGAUGAUGAUGAUGAUGAUGUGAAAAAACAAAAUAACGAUAAAAUUCUGGCUAUGGAUACACAAAAAACAUUAAAAAAACGAACCAUUGUCCAUUGUAAUCUAUGUGAUUAUCUACAUAGGAUAUUGCGUUACAUCAAAUUCAUUGACGUUUUAUUCAUGAUUGCGUCAUUGUUAUUCACAUUGAUUAUGUUUUUAUUAUUACGACCGGAUUUUCAAAUAACAAAUGCUCAUUCUAUACUGCUAUUCAUAUUGAUCUGGUUAUCAAUCACCAGUAUUUAUCUAUUAUAUCCUACAUUUAAACGUUGGUUUUUCUAUUGGAAUCCUGGUUUCAGUUUAACAAGGCCAAAUUAAACGAAUUUUCCAUUUUUUUUAAUUGAUUGAUAAAGAAUUUGCUAUGAUAAUGAUAAAAAUUCCAAUUGUAAAAAAAAAGUUUUUUUUUUUUUUUUUCUGUGCAAUUCUGUUUUUUUUCCAAAAAAAAUUGAUUCUUUAUAAACGCAGGAAUCGUA